CCCCUUCUCUUCCUCUUUGUUUGCUUUGUGUUUUUUCCUAUAAAAAAAUAUUGAUGCUCAACCUCUUUGUCUUGAUGUUUGAGAUUCAUGUCUGCAAUUCUCAGUGAAAUCUUCCUUUCUGGGUUUAUGAUCAAUUCCACAUUCAUUCGCAGGACCCAUCUCGUUCAAUCUUUCUCAGUUGUUUUCCUCUACUGGUUGUAUUACGUCUCAUAAGUUCAGCAAAUCAUCCAUUUUUUUCUCUUUAUUAAAAUCAUAGUAAUAAUAAUAAUAAUAAUAAAUAAUCUGUCUUGUUUUUUUUAUUGUUUCUGAAAAAAAAAUCUGCAAAUUCCAUGGCUUCUUCAAGUGGGACAUCAUCAGGUUCAUCGACAACGACAACCGUAACUCAAAACUCCGGCUCGGCGGAGGAAGACCAUCUGCAGGCGGUAAUCGACGAACGGAAACGGAAACGAAUGGUGUCGAACCGAGAAUCGGCUAGGAGAUCGAGGAUGAGAAAACAGAAGCAUUGGGACGAUUUAAUGACUCAGGCGACUCAGCUGAGGAAACAGAAUCACGACAUCACCAGCAACAUAAACUUCACGGCGCAACAUCUGUUGAACAUCGAGGCCGACAACUCGGUGCUCCGAGCUCAACUCAACGAGCUCGGUCAGAGGUUGGAGUCAUUGAAUGAGAUCAUCGGGUUCUUGAACGAUGACGACGAUCACGAACCGGCGGUUGAUAGCUUCCUUAACCCUUUGAAUUUGGCCUACUUGAAUCAGCCUAUCAUGGCCUCUGCAGAUAACAUGUUCCAGUAUUAAUUUCCAUGUGCUUAAUUUCUAGGAUUUUUAAUCUCAAUAUAUAAUUAUAUAUUAUGAAAUAAAUAUGAGAUU